AGAAAAACGUUUAUUUGGAUGGGGUGGUCUACAAAUACAAAUGUUGUAAGGCAGCAAUAAGCCGGAACGUAUCGAGAGGGAUUGAAAACAACACCCGACAAAGUGCCCCCAUUCACCCUCGUCUUCCUUUGUGAACGGAAUGAACACCUUCCUGCCCUGUUCCUCCUCCACCCAACACCCCCUUCUCCUCCACCCCCCUUACCCAAAACACCAUCUCUGCUUCUGCCUUUGACCUCUUCCCAUCUAUCCGCUUUCAUAUAUAAUCCGCGCCGCAUUAUAAUUGUAAUUACAGUCACACGGCAUUGUUCUUUUGGUUCUACCCCAAUUUCACUUUAGGUUUUCCGCUUCGGAGCUCCAUGUGGUAUGCUCGGUGCUUUCAUGAAUCUCCUCUCGCUGUGCUGGAGCAGUAAUACCGAUAGUGCUAAUAGUAACGGCGGCGGCCGCAGCGGCUACAAUAGCUCCCCUAAUGGCGCCUUUGCGAGAGAUGGGCUGUUAUGGUACCACGACAUCGGGAAGUACGGGAGUGGGGAGUUCUCGAUGGCCGUCGUGCAGGCGAAUCGGGUCCUCGAGGAUCAGAGCCAGGUUGAGUCCGGCCCGUUCGGGAGUUUGGUUGGAGUCUACGAUGGACACGGCGGGCCUGAUGCUGCUCGAUACGUCUGCGAUAAUUUGUUCCGGCACUUCCAAGCACUAUCAGUGCAGAAUAACGGUGUUGUGACUGCUGAUAUAAUCCAAAGGGCAUUUUUGGAGACAGAAAGAGGGUUCACUUCCCUUGUUUCAGACACGUGGAGUUCUCAACCCAAUUUGGCAACAGUUGGUACUUGUUGCCUAGUUGGGGUGAUAUCACAGCAGACUCUCUUCGUGGCAAGUCUUGGAGAUUCUCGUCUUGUUCUUGGGAAGAAGGUAGGGAGCACUGGGGAAACUGCUGCUCUACAGCUCUCAGAGGAACAUAAUGCUAACCUGGCAGCUGUUAGGCAGGACCUGAAAGCGUUACAUCCAAAUGAUUCCCAAAUUGUUGUUCUAAAACACGGGGUUUGGAGAGUCAAAGGCAUAAUUCAGAUCUCGAGAUCUAUUGGUGAUUUGUAUUUGAAACAUCAGCGAUUUAACCAGGAACCUAUAAGUGCAAAGUUCAGACUUUCAGAACCUAUGAAUGAGCCAAUCCUGUCUGCUACCCCAUCCAUUUUAAUUCACCCUCUUCAUCCUAACGAUUCUUUCCUCAUAUUUGCUUCUGAUGGCUUAUGGGAGCACUUGAGUAACGAAAAGGCAGUAGAUAUUGUUAGUCGCCAUCCACGCAAUGGAAGUGCAAAGCGGCUCAUCAAGGCUGCUCUCCAAGAAGCUGCAAAAAAGAGAGAGAUGCGCUACUCAGAUCUUCAUAAGAUAGACAAAAAAGUGAGACGGCAUUUUCAUGAUGAUAUAACUGUGAUUGUUUUAUUCUUAAACCAUGACCUCAUUUCCAAAGGCAUGGUUCAGGACCCUCCCCUUUCCAUCAGAAGUGCUCUUGAACAUUAACAACGCAGAGCAUACCAGUCAUAUUUGUAUAUUUCCUGUAACGGUCUUUUUCCCAGUCAAUAACUGCACUUUUGGGUGAUAUUUGCCUGACCUUUGUUGUCUCAUAUCAAUAAUAAUUCUAUGUCAAUAUUAGGCUGGCUGUUCCACUCAAUUUGUUUACAUUAACUAAAGCCUCGAGUUAAGUAGAUUUAUUUUCGGAAUAUUUCAAUUUUGUAAUUUGUCUAUAGCGACAGAAAAUUAUCGGAGUUAUGUGAAUGGAUGAAUUCAUUCCUCCUACCAAUUUGUAUUUGUUGUCAGCAUUUGAGUCUUUUAGAA